GUUACCUUACUUGAACGAAGAGAAAGCGUCGGCUUUACCUUACUUAUAUACCCAAACAGUUGCCAUUCAUUUAAUACUCGAUAUCUUAUUUUUGUGUUUUCUUUUUUUUUUUAAUUUCUUUUCAAGUCAUUAUUCUAGAAAAACAACAUAUUUUUUUGUCUUCCUUGUAUUUAAAUAUUUGUAGUAAGCCUUGAUACCUGAUAUGUCAAAAUCUAAUGAUUCCUACUCCUUAACCUUGUUACAAUGGAAUUACGAAUUAUAAAUACAAUUUUAUGUUAUAACCAAAGUGAUAUUGGAAAUUAUUAUUAUGGACAAGGGCAUCCAAUGAAGCCACAUCGCAUAAGGAUGACACAUAAUUUACUUUUAAAUUAUGGUCUUUAUAGGAAAAUGGAAAUAUAUCGACCACAUAAAGCCACUGCAGAUGAAAUGACAAAAUUUCACAGUGAUGAAUACAUUAGGUUUCUGAGGUCGAUAAGGCCUGAUAAUAUGUCAGAAUAUAAUAAGCAGAUGCAACGAUUUAAUGUAGGAGAGGAUUGCCCUGUUUUUGAUGGAUUAUAUGAAUUUUGUCAAUUAUCAGCUGGAGGUUCUGUAGCUGCUGCUGUAAAACUGAACAAACAAGCCUCAGAAAUUUGUAUAAACUGGGGUGGUGGUUUGCAUCAUGCCAAAAAAAGUGAAGCUUCAGGUUUUUGUUAUGUGAAUGACAUUGUGUUAGGAAUAUUGGAAUUGCUCAAAUAUCAUCAAAGAGUCCUAUACAUUGAUAUUGAUGUUCAUCAUGGUGAUGGUGUAGAAGAAGCUUUUUAUACCACCGAUAGAGUAAUGACUGUUUCCUUUCAUAAAUAUGGUGAAUAUUUUCCUGGUACCGGAGAUUUACGGGACAUUGGUGCAGGAAAGGGAAAGUAUUAUGCUGUUAAUAUACCAUUGAGAGAUGGUAUGGAUGACGAAAGUUAUGAAUCUAUAUUUGUACCUAUAAUUUCAAAAGUAAUGGAAACCUUUCAGCCAUCUGCAGUUGUUUUACAAUGUGGUGCUGAUUCACUGACAGGAGAUAGAUUAGGCUGUUUCAAUUUAACAGUGAGAGGUCAUGGAAAAUGUGUUGAAUUUGUAAAAAAAUAUAAUCUACCUUUCCUAAUGGUUGGUGGCGGCGGAUAUACAAUCAGAAAUGUAUCCAGAUGUUGGACAUAUGAAACAUCGGUAGCUCUUGGCUCUGAGAUUGCAAAUGAAUUACCUUAUAAUGAUUAUUUUGAGUAUUUUGGACCCGAUUUUAAAUUGCAUAUUAGUCCUUCAAAUAUGGCAAAUCAAAAUACACCUGAAUACCUUGAGAAAAUUAAGACUAGAUUGUUUGAAAAUUUGAGAAUGUUACCUCAUGCUCCGGGUGUACAAGUUCAACCCAUUCCUGAAGAUGGAGCGGUUAUCGAAGAUUCAGAGGCCGAGGAAAAAGUAAAUCCGGAUGAAAGAUUACCACAACGAGAUUUAGAUAAAAGGAUACAGCAUGAAAAUGAAUAUAGUGAUAGUGAAGAAGAAGGAGAAGGCGGUAGAAGGGAUAAUAGGUCAUUCAAGGGUUCCAGAAAACGACCUCGUUUAGAAAAAGGACAAGAAGGUAUAGAAGGUGAUCUCAAAAAAGAAGAAGAUAUAAAAUCGGAGCCUAAAGAAAAUGAGAAAGAUGAAAAAGCAAAUGCCACGAACGAAGAAACAAAGAAGGAUGCUGGAGCGAAUCCCUGAUAAAUGGUUUUUCUUUUGGAAUAUUUGAAAAAUUGGAACAAGUCUUUAUUUAAAUCAAGUAUAUAUAAGUGUAGGUAACUUAAGUAAAAAAAAAAAAAAGAAAAAGCAAAACAUAUGAUGUACAGAUGUUCGCUGCCUCGAACUCGGUAUACGAUUCUAAAUUAUCAUUGACAUUAUUAUUAUUUUGUUUAAAAGCAUGUACUUCGAUAAAAUAGUCAGUAUACAUCGAUUGAAUUCGUGGCACGCGACAUUAUUAUAUCACGUACAUACACGUAUAAGCGUGUAAUGGACAUCGCAAACGCUCUACACUUUUAAUUAUCUCGUUAAAUUUUCAAACAUUUCCUGAAGUUGAUUCUUCAAAUAUUUUUAACACCAUCUAAUCAACGAUAUCUUGAAUAGUUAGUCGAAUUUUAUGAUCGAGUCAAAAUCCUGACGCUCAGUUAUAACAGAUAAGUAUAACUAGUCAAACGAAAUAAAUAAAUAUUUUGAGAAAAGAUCUCUGUACCGAUGAAAACUAUACAUUUCAUGACAAUUAUUAACAGUUUCUAUUGCGAUCAUAACAUAGGGACAGGUUUUCAAGAUACCCACAUUUAUAGAUAGCACGUUUUAAUGAAUCGUGCAAAAAUAUACAAGUCCUAAUAUUUUGGACGAUCAAAAUCUUUAUCUUAUUUCUUACUUACGGUGAUUUCGAUUGAACUUUAAUAAACACAUUUUGUUAGAGGACAAAAAUGAUCGUACCACAAGCAAGUAUUAUAAAUUCACAAAUUUUUUUUAUUCUUGUAUAUAACGUAAAAUCAGAUUUAAACGAAGUUCUACAUGCAAUACUAAAUAAUAGUAAUAAUGAUAGUAAUAAUAAUAACAACAUUCUUUUUCAUAUGUAAAGUAUUUUAAUUUUAUUUUAUGCGUGAUACAUUGAAUGAUCAGCAAAGAAAGUAUGAAAAAAAUUAGGACGGUUGAUGAACAUAUUGAAUUCAAACAUAACUCUAGAAUUUUAAUCAUAAAUUAAGGAAAGAUAAUGUUAAAGAGUUGAAAAUUACGUAUUAUGUGACAGAGCCGAUUUAUAACUGUAUAUACUGAGGUCGCAAAAACACUCUCGUUCAAAAAAAGGAAAUAGGAAACAAAAAUCUCAUAAACAUUAUGUUAGUUUAAAUAUUUGUACGAGAGUAAAUAUAUACAUACAUUAAUUUUGUGUACAUAAAAUUUAACUUCUUGCACCUCGAAAACAUUUUAAAAACAGAAUAAAUUUGGCUAAAUCACAAUGACGAAUAAUUAAUCGAAAGAGAAAUGUGUCUAUUUAUCUAGUUGUAAUUAAGAAUUCACCUUUACUGUAAUUAAUUAUCCACAAGAUGAAAAACAAAUUCGAUAUAAUAUUGCGUAUGUGUAAGUCGGUUUGAGAUUAGAUCAAGUACGAUAUGCAUAUAAAUAUAUAUAUAUUUAUGUCGAAACAUGAAUAACACGAAUGUUUUUAAAUAUUUAUAAUAAAAAAAUAAAGAAAUUUAUCGCUUGUA